UAAUGUAGCUAUACACGUUUCCACCGUCUUGCAAUUUUGGCAAUAGUAACCAUGAAACUUACUGUAUUCUUCAUAUUUUCAGUUGUGGCAACUGUUUUGCAAAGUGAUAUUAUUCUGGGAAAAAACGAUUUACUGCUGGAAGAGGACGCAAGGCUGGACUUCAUGGGUCUAGCAACAAAGUAUGGCCACCCAGCGGUACGGCACCAGGUGACCACGGAAGAUGGCUACAUCCUUACACUCUUCCACAUUCCUGGUAGAAGCAAAUUACCUGUUCUUCUUAUGCACGGUCUUCUGGACACAGCGGAUACUUUUUUAUUGAGAGGAAAUGAUUCGUUGGGGAUCGCUUUAGCUAAUUCCGGCUACGACCUAUGGUUCGGUAACUGCAGAGGCAACAGAUACUCACGAAGACAUCGGGAUCUCGAUCCAAAUAGAGAUAGCAGUUAUUGGAGCUUCACUUUUCAUGAAAUGGGAUAUUACGACCUUCCAGCUAUCAUAGAUAGAGUUUUAAAUGAGACAGGAACUCCGAGCCUCACAGCAAUCGGCCACUCACGAGGAAAUACCAUCUUUUUCGUACUGGGUUCCACGAGACCGGAGUACAACUCCAAGGUUAAUGUUGUCAUAGCUCUUGCGCCCGUGGUCUAUCUAAGAGAUUUACCUCUCCCUUUUCAAACCAUAUUAAAUUCACUUCCCGUGGUAUACAAAAUACUAGCGAGUGCAAAUAUACAGGUGAAUGAAUUUUUUGGAUACGACAGUGUCUCGACCAUGUUCCUCAGAACUUUCUGCCCACAGAACUUUAUAAGUUAUCAGUUUUGCUUAAACCAAAUAUUAUAUCCAAUCUUAGGCUUCGACCCGUUCACAUUUGAUCAAAGUUUUCUACGUAUAUUUCUCUACCACUAUCCUGCUGGAACCUCUUGGAGAGAUUCUUUACAUUUUACUCAAUUAAGUAACAGCAGAAUAUUCCGACGUUACGAUUUCGGAAACGAUAUAAACAUGUUAAUGUACAAUUCCACAAGUCCGCCAUUGUACCCGCUGAGGAGAGUCACGAUGCCAGUGGCUUUGAUAGCGGCUAGGAAUGAUCCUAUUUCAACCCUGAGCAAUGUUGAUCUAUUAAAACGUCAAUUACCGAACGUGGCCGAUUAUGCAGUGGUUCCUUGGUUACUUUUCAAUCAUGGUGAUUUCGUGUGGCUUCAAACAGCGCCAAUACAUGUAUUUCCUCAAAUAAAACGUGUUCUGUUACGUUUCAAUCCAAUAUAA